UUAACCUAUUAUAUAAUUAUAACCUAAAAUUAUUCAUCUAAUAAUGUUUAUUACAUAAUAAUCAAAUACAUUUUAAUGACGUAAUCAUAAUGAACAUGAACAAAUUUUUUAUAAUUUGUGUAUUAAUUUUUUUGAAUAAAUUAUCAGUCGCUGACGAAAAUGAUUAUACACAAAUAAAUAUACCAGAUGAACAUUUGCCUUUAUAUUUUAAUCAGUUCCCAAAAAUAGCAGAAAAAUGUGAAGAAGAUCCACAUUGUCCAUAUAAACAUCAUUUAAAUAGUAAUAAAUGUUGGGGAUAUGAAAAUAAUUGUAACUUAUCGACACAGUACUCAAUACCCCACUGUCCAGGAGAUCAUCAAGGAUGGGUAAAAACUAAGGAAGAUCAAAUCAAAACUUUUUAUACACAGGGAGACUUUGGAUACGUUAAACAAUACGCAGAUAGUAUGAUGAUUAUGUGCGAACCACUUUUUCCAGACGACAGUUCAUUAGAAUGCAGCGAACAUUUAAGUUUUUGUCGAGGGCGAAAUUUAAUGAUUAACUUCACAAAGCUUUGGAAACGUAACGAACUUGUACGAUAUAAAAUGGAUGUACUUGGAGACGGUGAUAUUGGAGGGUUUUGUACAUUACACAAAGAACGUCUCAUGAAACAAGCUGAUCAUAUUAGUCCCUUACAAAGUUGGGGUCCAGAGUUCAGAUAUUUCAAAAAAUUACCAAGGAAACCAAUUAUUGAAGGAGAUUGUGAUUUAAUUGUUGAAAAACCAACUUUUAUCAUGAAAAUAGAUGCCACUUUAAAUAUGUACCACCAUUUUUGUGAUUUCUUUAAUUUGUAUGCAUCAUUACAUUUGAAUUCAACAUAUCCAGAAAUGUUUUCAACGGACGUACAAAUAUUAAUUUGGGAAACCUAUAAAUACGAAUCAUCUUUCAAAGAUACUUUUAAAGCUUUCACUAAACAUCCAAUUUGGGAUUUAUACACCUUCCGUAAUAAAAAAGCAAAUACCGUUUGCUUUAGAAAUGUUAUUUUCCCAUUAUUACCUCGAAUGAUAUUCGGUUUAUUUUAUAAUACACCAUUGAUUUCGGGAUGUGAGAAAAGUGGCUUAUUCCAUGCUUUCUCCAAACACAUAUUACAUCGUUUACAGAUACCAUUGCAAAAACGUUCAAAUUCAAAAAUUCGUGUCACAUUAUUGUCACGUGAUUCAAGAUUUCGAAACAUAUUAAAUGAAAAUGAAUUAAUUGCUGCAUUAAAGAAAAAUAAAAAUUAUGAUGUAAAACGAGUAAAAUAUUCAGGAACUCAAAAUAAAUAUAUUCGAGAUUUUCGGCAACAAUUAAAUCAUACUCGUAACUCAGAUAUUUUUAUUGGAAUGCAUGGAGCUGGAUUAACACAUUUAUUAUUUUUACCCGAUUGGGCUGUUGUUUUCGAAUUAUAUAAUUGUGAAGAUCCUAACUGUUACUUGGACUUAGCAAGAUUACGAGGUAUCAAGUACAUAACUUGGGAAAAUAAAACUGUUUUACAUCAACAAGAUGAAGGUCAGCAUCCAGAUGGUGGUCCCCAUGCAAAAUUCACAAACUAUUCUUUUAAUGUUAAAGAAUUUGUGCGUCUGGUAGACAAGGCUGCCAAACAUGUAAAAGAACAUCCCAAAUGGCAGGAAUUUAUUCAAAAUAUCAAUAAUACAAACCAUGAUGAAUUAUAACAAUAAUUUUUAUUUUAGAAUAAAUUAUAACGAAUUAUUAAACGAAUUUACGUAUUUAAUAAAAUUUUUACAAUUUGAAAAUACUAACAAAAUAAAUGAUACUGAAUUUGACUUUGGAAUGUCUAAAGUAACAACAAUAAUACAAUUUUAUUAAAACGAUAUUAACUUUUGUUCACAUUAAUAUACAUUCUUUAACAAUUGUUGAUGAGCUUGUUGAUGGAGAAUCAAAACAUAUGUAAAAGUAGACAAAUCGAUUUAAUCAACAGGUGAAAGCUUGGCAGAGAGAAUGCAUCACAAUGAAAUAUUAAUUAUGUAAAAAAGUGUUUUAAUAAAUUUUCCUCAAGACGGUAUAAAAAUGUGAACAUAAGCUUAAACAAAUUGUGAAUAGAAUUUAAAUGAUAUCAGAAAAAUGGUUAUUUUUUAUAAAAUGGACAAUUUUGCGAGUUUUCGCUAACCACAGAUCUGACCAAUUGUAAUAUUUAAGACUAGAUUUUUACAA